CAGAUCUCCAUCGCAGACCACAGGGUGGAUCUGUGUCUCACCGUGAGCGGCUCUCCAGAACUGCCCACAGACUACCGCUUCCUGCCGCCUUUUUCUGUCCUCAUCCUCAUCUCCUGUUGUGGAUGUACAUCUCUUACUGUGCUUUUUUUAUUCUUUCAGUUUCUAAAAAGAAAAAUGUGUGGUUUAAACUUGGUUUGAGGCUCAAUAUCAAGGAGGGUCUACGUAAAUAUGGUCAGCAUCAGUUUGCGGCGCACCGAAGAGCUUCAGCAAGACUGGAAUUAAAUUGUUCAAACUGACCAGUGAGGCUUUUACCUGACUUAUUUCAAAGGAUUUUCCCCUCCUCCUGCACCGCCACCGACAUUACACCUGCGAAGGCUGUGCGCCCCCCCUGCUGACAGAGAGAGACCCUGUCGCCCUGAUGUCCUCGGUUGUAGCCCCAGAAAAGCCCCCCUCCAACACCAUGGGCCCCAAGGAGGUGGAGCUGACCCUGGUGAAGGAACAGAACGGGGUUCAGUUCACCUCGAGCGCCGUGGUGGCUCCGGCCCCGACUCAGUUGAACUCCAGUGGGGGGGGGGAGGAGAGGGAGACCUGGGGGAAGAAAAUCGACUUCCUCCUGUCUGUGAUCGGGUUUGCGGUGGACCUCGCCAACGUCUGGAGAUUCCCUUACCUGUGCUACAAGAACGGAGGAGGUGCCUUCCUUGUGCCAUACUUGUUCUUCAUGGUGAUAGCGGGCAUGCCUCUCUUCUACAUGGAGCUAGCUCUGGGACAGUAUAACAGAGAGGGGGCAGCAGGCGUCUGGAAGAUCUGUCCCAUAUUUAAAGGUGUAGGAUUUACAGUGAUCCUCAUUUCCCUCUACGUUGGUUUCUACUAUAAUGUCAUCAUCUCCUGGGCGCUGUUCUACCUCUUCUCCUCGUUUACUAGCGAGCUGCCGUGGGUCCAUUGCAACAAUUCUUGGAACAGUCCUAACUGCUCCGACUGGGCUGACAACAGCUCAAUCGGUGACAUUUACAAGGCAACCCCUGCUCAGGAGUACUUUGAACGAGGGGUCCUCCACAUUCAGGACAGUAAUGGUAUUGAUGAUCUGGGCCGACCACGUUGGCAGUUGACUUCCUGUCUAGCCGUGGUGAUUGUUCUGCUCUACUUUAGUCUCUGGAAGGGAGUCAAGACUUCUGGAAAGGUUGUGUGGAUCACGGCCACAAUGCCCUAUGUGGUCCUGACUGUGCUUCUGCUGCGUGGGGUCACCCUGCCUGGAGCCAUUGACGGCAUUAAGGCCUACCUCUCUGUGGACUUCCUGAAGCUCUGUGACGCCAAGGUCUGGAUUGAGGCAGCAACACAGAUCUGUUUCUCUCUGGGAGUGGGCUUCGGUGUGCUAAUCGCCUUUUCCAGCUACAACAAAUUCAGCAACAACUGUUACAGAGACGCGAUCAUCACAAGCUCCAUCAACUCCUUAACCAGUUUCUUCUCCGGCUUCGUGGUCUUCUCCUUCCUCGGCUACAUGUCCCACAAGCACAAUGUAGCCCUGGACAAAGUUGCCAGAGACGGUGCUGGUUUGGUGUUUGUCAUUUACCCAGAAGCGAUUGCGACAUUACCUGGAUCCUCCGUUUGGGCUGUUAUCUUCUUCAUCAUGCUGUUGACUCUUGGAAUUGACAGUGCUAUGGGCGGGAUGGAAUCGGUGAUCACAGGUCUGAUUGAUGAGUUCAAAUGCCUCCACAAGCACAGAGAGCUGUUCACCCUCUUCAUUGUUGUCUCCACGUUUCUCAUAUCCCUCUUCUGUGUUACAAAUGGUGGGAUGUAUGUGUUCACUCUGCUGGAUCACUUUGCGGCAGGAACAUCGAUUCUCUUUGGAGUGCUUAUUGAAGCCAUCGGCAUCGCGUGGUUUUAUGGAGUGGACCGAUUCAGUGAUGACAUUGAAGAAAUGAUUGGCCAGCGACCCGGCUUGUACUGGAGGCUGUGCUGGAAGUUUGUGAGCCCGUGCUUCCUCCUGUUUAUGGUGGUGGUGAGCUUUGCCACGUUUAACCCCCCGAACUACGGCACCUAUUCCUUUCCUCCGUGGGCUAACAUGGUUGGGUGGUGUCUGGCCAUUUCCUCCAUGUCCAUGGUGCCUCUCUACGCCAUCUACAAACUCUGCAUUCUGCCUGGAAAGUUUUGCGAUAGACUGGCAUAUGCCAUCACCCCAGAGACGGAGCACCAUUUGGUCGACAACGGGGAGGUUCGGCAGUUUACACUGCAACACUGGUUGGUGGUCUGAGUGAGAGAGGGACAUUGGAUGAAUGAAUGAAUGCACAGCAACGGUCUGAAGAAAUAGGAAAAUAAAUGACUAUUUGUCACAAUAGUGGUUGUGGGGGUGGGUGCAAUCCAAUGCAGACAUUGUAGUGUGCUUUAAUUUAAUUUGAAUGUGGUGGAACUGUGCAUCGAUCCUGCUGCUUGAUGGGAUUCAUUUAAACACAUAACAUGGUGUUCAGAAUGCUUCUUCCAUAAUACAAGCCUCCUCUUGAAUGGAAUUGUAAUGUGUUUUUCUUUGGGACAAGAUUUGAAAUUCAAAUAUAUAUAUAUAUAUUUGGUUGUGGGUAAAGUUUUCCCAGAGAUGGACAAAACAUCUGGAAUAGUCUAUUAGAGUAUUUUUGGAAAUCAAAAAGUUAUUCUUUGAUUUAUUCUUUGUUAAUAGGCAGAUAUGAAUGCUACUGUCAUAGGUUUCACUGAAUCCCAGUCCAUGUCUUGUUUAUGCUGUUCUAUGUACUUGCUCUUACUAAAGACUGUUAUAGUAAAUAUAAUUGUUACAGACAAGAAAACAGCUACUUUUGUUUGUUUGUCUGAAUUACAUCUAUGACACGAUUAACACUACCUGGGCUUUUUCAAGGAGUUGUUCGCAUCUCGUCUUAAACAAAAAUGACUUAUUGAAUAGUAUUGAAUGUUUAGAAAGAAAAGUAAUUUUCUCUUACCGUGUUCCUGCGAUGCGUUUGAGUGCUGAAGCACAACCUGACCAGCAAAGCAGUCGGAAAGUGUUGCUUCUUUUCCUUCCAUCUUAUUGGCAGAUUUAUAUUCUAAAUAAAUCUAAUCUAAAUAAAACAAAGCCUGUCUAUAAUCACACUUAGAUUAGUUCAUCCGCCUAUUAAUUGAGCAAGAACAAACUUCUAAAAAAGAAUUUCUGACGCAUCAGCUGCAGACUAAAACCGUGUUAAAUCAAUAGACCACUUGAUUGUUAUGAUAACAAGUUCACCUCCAUUAUUUAUAAGUUGGUGCUAAUGCACUUUUCAUUUUAGUUAAUUGAACCGUAAUUGUACAUUAUUAUACCCACAGAGUUCAAGGGGGUGAUUUACAAACACUGUCACAAAUCCAGAAAGCGUAAUACUUUAAACAUACUGUUCACAGAAUCUUAAGUGUUUCAAUACUGUUUUAAAGGCUUCUUUUUUCAACUGCCAAAUAAUAGUGGGUAGUGUAAAUAAUUAGUCAUUUAAGUGAUAUAUCUGUAUAAGUAAAUGUAAUGUAGAGGGGCUUCUAUUGUAUUGUUGUGUAUGACAUAGAAUAAUAAGACCAUGCACAUAUACACAUAAACCCAUAUAUAUGAUGUAUGGAUUGUUGCUUUGUUACUGUGAAGUUGGUACAUAUUAGCCUUACGGAUGAUAAUGACAUGGCAAACCCAUAUGAAGCCCCCCCCAUGAACUCUUUUCUUCUUGUAACAGUUGUUGAGCAGUGACUUGUUGUACACUUGUGGUACAUGUAACACACUAAGGGGUUAAUUCAAUGGUAUGCCUGUACUGCUGUACUGUGCCUUGUGGUGUUUCUGACUGUAGGACUUUGUUUUGUACUGUCAAAUAAAGUAGAAUUAUACUUUCAUCAUGAA